AUGGCUGCCAGAUUACUACUUCUUCAAGAGGCCUUGGCGGAAGAAAAGCGUCAAGAAGCUGCUCGAAGGCGGCUCAUGCGAGAGAGGUUUCGACAGAUAAACGUUCCCGACGCAGAGUUCGUCAACACCUUUCGAGUAACCCGGGAGGUGUUCGAAACUCUGUAUACGGAGGUCGGACCUCUCUUGCCGCCCGUUCGAAAUAACCGAGGAAUAGACCCUGUCGAUAAGAUUUUAAUAGCUUUAAAGUUUUUUGGUAGGGGUGAUUACCAAGGUGGUGUAGGCCGUGACCAAUGGGUGCCUAUGUCCCAGCAAGCAGUUUCAGACUGCUUAAGGGAUGUCACAACGGCCCUCAAUGACCCCGGGCUAAUCCACCGCCAUAUGAUAUUCCCAAAUACACAGGCAGCACGGGCUGUCAUUAAAAAUGGUUUCUACGAGAAAUUCGGUAUUCCGGGGGUGUGCGGUGCAAUAGACUGCACACACGUGGCCCUGCACAGGCCACAUGAAUAUGAAGAGCGCUUUUUCAACCGGAAGCAUUUUCAUUCAUUAAAUGUGCAGAUGGUCUGCGAUCAUGAAAACUACAUACUAAACGUGGACGCAUCGUACGGCGGGGCAACUCACGACGCCUUCAUAUGGGCUAAUAGCGUCAUAAGAAACCACUUCGAACAAUUAUGUGGUACCGGAGAAAUAGCGUAUCUAUUAGGAGACUCCGGGUAUCCACUGCGGGAGUACCUUAUGACACCUGUAGACGGCGCCGCAGAAGACUCUCCUGAGGGGCGCUAUAACGACGUACAAAAGAGGGCGCGCUCCAUUAUAGAACGAACAUUUGGAAUUUUAAAAGGGCGAUGGAGAUGCCUGCUGGCAGCGCGCGAGCUUUAUUACCGGCCCGAUAUGGUCGGUAAGAUUGUUGUGGCCUGCUCCGUGUUGCACAACAUGUGCACGAUGGCGCGCCUCGAGCCACUAGAGCUGGAGCCGGACGAGAUUGCCGCGGAGGAGGAUUUGCAGCGCAACGCCCGCGCCGUCUACCAACCGCCGCCCGCCGUAGAGGCUCUGCGUCGUGGCCGUGAAGCCAGGGAAAAACUAGUCGCCAACGGACAACGAUUCAGAUACGUUAUACAAAUAAUUCAAGCAGCUCCGGGGUCUCCACACCACGCUGUUAUUGCUAUUGAACCUUCACCAAGUUUGCAAAAUAUACUUUUUGAUAUCCCGGAGCAAGUAGUUGAAAACGAAGAACCUCCGCUGGAUUUCAACGCCCUCAUAAAUGAGUCCGGACUGUUAGACGACGUGGGUGAUCCUAUUUGA